AAUAGCCUUUAUAUGCCAUCCAAGUAAGCUUCAGACACGAGCGCCGUACCGUCGAUCGCACAGGCUUGGUAAUAACAUCAUCUUCCAGUGUAAACUACUCGAGCGGGCACUACCAAGCUGCGGUCGCCCCGCGCACAGCGGCGAGUGCUCAGCUGUCCCGCCCCGAUACAUCUGUUCCCACAACCAUGGCAUACGUCAGUCGAGCGCCCUCUGCGGUGAGCGGGACUAUCGGGCAAGCAUAUUCGUCGUACCACGGUUCCAAGCCGUCUUCGUGGGAGGCACCGGGCCGCUACUCACCAACCGGAUCACUGGAGGACUUCAUUACCUCGCCGAGCUUAUCGGAUUACUCCCUCGACAAUGGAAUCAACGCUGGCAGCCCUGGCCGUAAGUCCAAGGGGACGGGCAAGCGGAGCUCACAACGAAGACCAUCCAACCGAGAUGAGUUUGACGGCCCCCACCAAUUCCUGCAACGGCCGUCUCAGGAAGUGAUUGCAAUGCAGGAGAGGGAGCUUCCCCAUCUACCAACCAAUCUCCACGUGCAGGAACAGGACAGUGUCCUCAAUCAGGUCAACGAUCGUCUGUCGCAGUGCGCCUUCGAUUUCGUGGCCAAAUACCAGUUUCCGAUUCCCCUGACCCAGGACAUGCGACCGGUGGAGAGGCCGCAGGAUCGUGAGUGGACGGAAUGGGUGUACCUCUUGAAGCGCCUGGCUACCAAGAGGCGGAUCCCGGCGCGCGUGCUCUACAAUGGACAAAUCAAGCAGUUUGUCACGAUUCUGGAGAACUCACUCGAGAUGCGACAUGCCGCCAAGCAUCAGAGCCGUCCGCUCAAGGACGACCGCAACAUCCUUCAGCUGAUCUCGGCGGGCAUUCAAGUCGCCAAAAUCCUCAAGGACGCGUCGGCCAUGGAUUACCUGGACCGGCUAUACGUUGAUACAGAGAAGCGGAUCCAAGAACGCGCCAACUCGCGGUUCCGAUCCUAGAAUGCCUUCUCUUCCGCCACCCAGUCGCGAUACUGGGUUGACCACGUUUUAUUAUACAAGGCCUCGUGACAAUGACAAAUGUCCGACACGAUGGUUCAAGACGGCGCGUAUAAUGGGCACACCUGGCUCUUUGCGUCGCACUACCUUUACGCCACGAGACGAUUUACGAUAAUGUGUUUUGUGUUUUGCUCCCAUACGACAAAGGUUUUGCUCCUCGGCCGCUGGCAUGCUCGUCGGGUAGAAUGUGAGCAUGAGGUUUCGAAAUUUCACAAUCGUUCGAAUGUUCCAACUGAAGUGGGUUUUCCCGAGUCAAACGAACUGCGGCGACCAUGGGUAUGCUACUAUCUGGGGUGCAGCAAUGGCAGGCCAAACAAGCGGUCUGUUGAAUACAGAUUGCAAGCUGCAUGCUUCCAUGGCAGGUUGGAGUGGAAGGGCAGAGCUAAUGUUGUCCUGUCAUGUUGCUUUGAUGUGUUAUUGUCUCCAGACGGGUCAUGAUUGGUAAACCCGACACUGCGAGCUGAGGAGGAAUGAUGGACAUUAUUGGAGACUACAGCUAUGUUCGUAGCGUAUAAUGACAGAAUAUAUCCAUGGAUCAGCAAUGUAGACAC